AUGUCCGACGAAGACACGCCGCACCACGCCAACGCCGACGAGCCUCUCCCCGACACCCCGCUCACCGCCGGCCUCAUCCAGCCGUCCAUCUCGCUCCUCGCGCGCACGGGCGAUGGCCUCUCGCACGCCUACACGCGGCUCUCGCUCCCCUCGCACUCCCUCACCGACAUCGCGAUCCUCAAGAACUACACCAACCUCCGCUACGUCGAUCUGUCGAUGAAUGCCAUCGCCGAUCUGUCCCCGCUGGCGAACUUGGAGUUUUUGCUGAGUCUGGAUGCGCAUGGGAAUAGGGUCGAGGUGGUCGGGAGGGAGCUGGGCGGGCGGAAGUGGUUGCAGUGGGUGGAUCUGAGGAACAAUGGGAUUAGGAACUGGGAGGCGGGCGAUUGGCCUAUGUGUGGGUGGUUGACUCUUGAUGACAACGCCCUGACAACCCUCUCCCUCCCGACCUUCCCCUCGCUCCUCCACCUCUCCCUCACCCGCAACACCCUCGAGCGCCUGCACCCGCUCGGCGCGCCCAAGCUGCAGAAACUGUACCUCUCGCACAACCCCCUGGGCGCGGUAGCGGGCGUGGAUCUGGACGACAAGCCGGCGCUGCAGGUGCUGCAUCUGCGCGAGUGUGGGUUGGGCAGCCUGGAGGGGAUCGGCGGGAGGGAAGGGGCGGGGUUGGACGGGCUGGUUUAUUUGAAUUUACGGGGAAACAAUCUGAGCUCGACGGCCGAGAUCGACCGGCUGGCGCAUAUGCACAGCUUGCGGAUCCUUGUUCUCACAGACAACCCGCUAACAUCCCACCCGACCUACCGCCUGGAGAUCCUCGCGCGGCUGCCGAAGCUCGAGCGGCUGGACAAGGAGCCGAUCGGCGACGACGAGCGGGAGGAGGCGGGGGCGUACAAGAUCCAGAUGGUUGCCAAGCGGGGUGGGGAGGACGGGGAGGGUGGAGAGGAGGCCGAGGCGGACGCGGAGGGGGAGAGUGAUGGGCAGGGUGAGGAACCGCAGGAUGAUGAUUGAGCGGAUGGGCUGUUCUCACGCUGUACAUGUACGGCACUCCGCGGUCCCGAACGGGAUCUCGGAGAGUCCGCGUGCGAUUUUGGGAUGUGCACUGCAGAGUAUAGACUACGCUACACGACAUUCUCAGCGGGGAACGGGGAUCCCAUCACAGCUCGCGAUAUACCCACUAGUGCUUUCGUUUCUGUCUCGGUAUCAUGUCGAAGGGGAGGGAAAUAGACGCUUCAACCCGCUUCAUAGCAAUGGGG